AUGCCGUCGGAUGCUAAGAAGAAGCGGGAUGCGGCCAAAAAACUUGCCGGAAAAACACGAAAUAAAGCACGAGACAAUAAAAAGGCGCAAGACGACGCAGAUGGAUGUGAAAAUCCAACUGGAAAUGAUAGCCCUCCGCUCGAAAACGGAGUGGAAGUCAAUGGGUUAAUCGAAGAAGAGGAGGAAAAUAAUGUCGUCGAUGCUGCGGCAGCUAUGCUCGAGAAAAUGGAGAUCGAAAAUGCCCUAGCACGUUCAGCAGCCGGAGCGCUCACGUCCCAUUCAAGAUCGAUGGAUUUGAAACUCGAAAGUGUGACUGUAACGUUUCAUGGACGUGAAAUUGUUACGGAUACAAAGUUAGAGCUGAAUAUGGGUCGGCGCUACGGCCUAAUUGGCCUCAACGGAAGUGGCAAGUCAACGCUCAUGCAAGCCAUAUACAAGCGUGAACUGCCUAUACCGGAUCAUAUUGAUAUGUAUUUGGUAUCGCGAGAAAUGUCGGCAAGUAACGAUUCUGCACUAAAGGCUGUUAUCGACGUUGACGCAGAGCGCAAAGUUUUGGAGAAACAAGCCGAAGAAUUGGCCUCUUGUCCAGAUGAGGGAUUGGGAAUGUGCAUACUGGGUUUGUUUGCAGAGAGUCAUGAUAAGUUGAUGGAUAUAUACGAGCGGUUGGAUGAGAUGGAUGCAGAUAAAGCCGAAGUGAAGGCUGCUGAACUUUUGCAUGGUGGUUGGCGUAUGAGGAUAGCACUGGCCCGUGCUCUAUAUCUUAAGCCGUCUCUUUUACUGCUCGAUGAACCGACUAACCAUCUGGACUUGGAGGCAUGCGUGUGGCUGGAAGAGGAACUCUCAAAGUACAAAAGAACUUUACUGAUAGUGUCACAUUCGCAAGAUUUCAUGAACGGUGUUUGUACGAAUAUUAUUCAUCUUUUUCAACGGAGACUCGAAUACUUUGGUGGUAAUUAUGAUACUUACGUUCGUACUCGGGAAGAAUUGAUGGAGAAUCAGUUGAAGCGAUACAAAUGGGAACAAGAUCAGUUGCAACACAUGAAAGAUUAUAUUGCACGUUUUGGUCACGGUAGUGCGAAACUGGCACGUCAAGCGCAAAGUAAAGAGAAGACGAUGGCCAAAAUGGUAGCUGGUGGUUUAACCGAGAAAGUGGUCACUGAAAAGGUGAAACAAUUCUAUUUCUUCGAUGCUGGAACAAUUCCACCGCCCGUUAUCAUGGUACAGCAUGUGUCGUUCCGGUAUAACGAUAACACGCCGUGGAUCUAUAAAGAUCUUGACUUUGGAAUUGAUCUGGACACGAGGAUAGCAUUGGUUGGGCCAAAUGGUGCAGGCAAGUCCACCUUGCUGAAGCUGAUUUCCGGGGAUAAUAUGCCUACAGAUGGCUUGAUAAGACGUCAUUCGCAUGUGAAAAUGGGUAGAUAUCAUCAGCAUUUACACGAGGAACUUCCGUUGGAUAAAUCAGCGUUGGAGUACAUGAUGUCGUCUUUCCCGGACGUCAACGAAAAAGAGGAUAUGCGCAAAAUCAUCGGUCGUUACGCCAUCAAUAUAUUUUUGCGAUAUUUUCAAUUUAUUCAGGUAUGUCCAAUGAAGCAACUGUCCGAUGGUCAGAGAUGUCGUGUAUCGUUCGCGUGGUUAGCAUGGCAACAACCACAUUUGCUACUGUUGGACGAACCGACGAAUCAUUUGGAUAUGGAGAGUAUAGAUGCGCUGGCGGAGGCGAUCAAUUGUUACACGGGUGGUAUGAUAUUGGUUUCUCACGACUUCCGAUUGGUACAUCAGGUGGCUAAGGAAAUUUGGAUAUGCGAUCAUCAGACGGUCACCAAAUGGGACGGUGAUAUAUUCUCGUACAAGAAGUUCCUUCGUAAACGUAUCGAUCGUGAACAAGUGAAAGCAGUGGAACGUUGA